AUGGUACCUGGACAGUGGAUUCUCGCGAUACAUGACGACAUAAGGUCUAUGUUCCAAGAUUUUGAACUUAAUUCUGGAGGCUUCGUUGGUUUCAGAGGAAACCAGAAAGGAAAGAUCAUUGGCUCUGGAACCAUUGGUAACAAUAAACUUUCUUCUAUUACUAAUGUUGUUUUAGUUGAUGGUCUGAUGCAUAACCUAUUGGUUGACGCUGCUGCUGUUGGAUCUUGUGCGUUGUUGGCGAUGACAAAAUCUUCAGGUGAAAAGUUAAGGAAUUACAUACCCGAUGAUCUUGCAUUCUUCAUUCUAUCAAAACUCCCUUUAAAAUCUUUGAAACGAUUUAGAUGCGUACGCAAAACAUGGUUUGCCUUAUUCGAGAACCCUAGUUUCAUGACUCUUUUUCGCACGAAUUUUAUAUCCAUUCCUCACUCUUAUUACCAUGAUACUUCUCUCUUCUUAAAACAAUGUGUUUAUGGUCCUAAUAAUAGUCUUGAUAUCUCUUUAUAUUCACUUUCUGGUGACAAGUUUGAGAAUAGGGUCAAAUUAGACUAUCCAAAUCCAUUUAAUGAAGAGGAACCACAAUUUCAUAUUUUGAACUCUGGUAGCAUUACAGGAAUUCUCUGUGUUGAGUUAUCCGAUGAAAUUGUAGUGUGGAACCCAACUACGGAUGAAUUCAAAGUCAUUCCUCAUAGCUCUAUAGUUGACUCUGUACCACCUUAUCGAGACAAUUUAAAGAGAAUUUAUGGUUUUGGUUAUGAUCCUAUUAGUGAGGACUAUAAGAUUAUUAGGCUUGUAUAUUAUUUUCCAAUGGAUGAGUAUUCUAUUCUUCCUUCCGGUGUGAAAUGGGAAGAUAUUGAGUCUUCAAGAAGAGAUGUAUCUUAUGGGCCGGUAUGGGAGAUUUAUAGUUUAAGAUGUAACUUAUGGAGACAAAUUGAUGUUGUCAUUCCUGCUUGCUGUUUGACUAGCUGUUGGCAUAAUGUUUUAAAUGAGGGAUUAUACAUGGAUGGAAUAUGUCACUGGCUUUCUAGAUGUGAAAAAAAUAAACAACAUUACUUAAUGUCAUUUUAUUUGACACCUGAGGUGUGCUUUACAACACUCAUUCCCUUAGACAUAAAUGCAGAUGAAAUAUGGAUGGUGGAGCGAAAAUUAUUGAUACUAAAUGGUGCCAUUGCUUCUAUUUCAUGGUAUUAUAAUACAACUACCUUUUACAUAUCAAUUUUGGGUGAACUCGGUGUGAAAGAAUCAUGGACUAGACUUUUUAUUUUUGAACUUUGUCCCAAUAUUGAGCAUCCGGUUGGAGCAGGAAAAAAUGGUGAUAUGUUCUUUGUAAAGAAAGAUGGAGAACUAGUCUACUUUGAUUUAUGUACCCAUAUGAUUGAAGAGCUUGGUGGUGUUAAAGCAACACAUUCUUCUCAUGUAAUAAUUUAUAGUAAAAGUCUCAUUUCAAUUGAAAAAAUAAGUCAUUAG